UAAAGAUGCACCGGAAGUAAAUUGAACGUGUCGUAGAAUGGAGGUUGUUCACUGUAUCUAAAAUCCGUUUGUGUGGAUUAAGCUCUGUGCGCUGAGUACUGACAUGGCACACAGAUACCUUCACCUGUCCAGAGGCUGCAGGAACCUUCACAGCGUAUUUCUGUCUAAUUUUAGACCACCGAAGGCGGCGCGAUGGGUAUCUACUCAGACUGAGGCUGUGCAGAGACGAGUGUUGCUUUCUCAGGUGUUCGAUACGUACAGAAGGUUCUGCUCGAAGCCCCCUAAAGGGUUUGAAAAAUAUUUCCAGAAGAACGGCGAGUCCAAAUCAUCCAACGCCGAGGCUCAGGAGUCCAAACAGAAUAAUGCACAGAAGAAUGCUGGGAAGUCUGAUAGUGGUGGUGGAGGAGGAGGAGGAGGAGCUGGUGGAGGCAAAAAGGGAGGAAAAAAGGAUGAAAACAACUGGUUUAACCGUUUCCAAAAGGGGGACAUCCCAUGGGACGACAAGGACUUCCGCACGUACUUGAUGGUGUCGGCGGCGUUUUGGGCUGCGGUCGCUUAUUUCUUCUUCCGGGACACAGGGAAAGAAGUCACCUGGAAGGACUUUGUUAAUGGAUACCUGGCGAAAGGCGUCGUCGACAGGUUGGAGGUCGUGAACAAGCGUUUUGUGAAAGUUAUAUUUUCUUCAGGAAAAGCAGAAACCGAUGGGAAGUACGUGUGGUUUAACAUCGGCAGCGUGGACACGUUUGAGCGGAGUCUGGAGACGGCUCAAGUGGAGCUGGGAAUCGAGAGUGAGCACAGACUGCCUGUGGUUUACUCCACUGAGAGUGAUGGCUCUUUCCUCCUCAGCAUGCUUCCCACCGUACUCAUCAUCGGCUUCCUGCUGUUCAUGCUGAGGCGAGGCCCCGCGGGCGCCGGACGGCCCGGCAGGGGAAUGGGAGGUUUGUUCAGCGUCAGCGAGACCACGGCCAAAGUGCUCCGCGACGAGAUCGACGUGAAGUUCAAGGAUGUGGCCGGGUGCGAGGAGGCCAAGCUGGAAAUCAUGGAGUUUGUCAACUUCCUAAAGAACCCAAAGCAAUACCAGGACCUUGGGGCCAAGAUCCCUAAGGGCGCAAUUCUGACCGGACCUCCCGGUACUGGAAAAACCCUGUUAGCGAAAGCAACUGCAGGCGAAGCGAACGUCCCUUUUAUCACCGUUAAUGGCUCUGAAUUCUUAGAGAUGUUUGUAGGCGUUGGUCCAGCCAGGGUUCGAGACCUUUUUGUUUUGGCUCGCAAGAAUGCCCCUUGCAUCCUGUUCAUAGAUGAAAUCGAUGCAGUCGGGAGGAAAAGAGGCAGGGGCAGUUUCGGAGGGCAGAGUGAGCAAGAGAAUACGCUCAACCAGCUGCUGGUAGAAAUGGACGGGUUUAACACCGCCACUAACGUAGUAGUUCUGGCUGGAACAAACAGACCGGACAUCCUGGACCCAGCACUGCUGAGACCCGGACGCUUCGACAGGCAGAUAUACAUCGGUCAUCCAGAUAUCAAAGGCAGAGCGUCGAUAUUUAAGGUUCAUCUGAGACCCCUGAAGCUGAACACAGAAUUGGACAAGGAGAAUCUUGCUAGGAAGAUGGCUGCUCUUACACCUGGCUUUUCAGGCGCUGAUAUCGCUAAUGUGUGUAACGAGGCAGCUUUGAUUGCGGCUCGGCAUCUCUCGGAGGCGAUCAUGCAGAAACAUUUUGAGCAGGCUAUUGAGCGUGUGAUCGGAGGCUUAGAGAAAAAGACACAGGUGUUACAGCCCGAAGAGAAAAAGACCGUAGCGUACCAUGAGGCAGGACAUGCCGUAGCUGGGUGGUACCUGGAGCAUGCAGACCCUUUGUUAAAGGUCUCGAUCAUCCCACGUGGAAAAGGUCUGGGUUAUGCUCAGUACCUCCCAAAAGAGCAGUACCUUUACACCAAGGAGCAGCUGCUGGACCGGAUGUGUAUGACCCUCGGUGGGCGCAUCGCCGAGGAGAUCUUCUUCAGUCGCAUCACCACUGGAGCGCAGGACGACCUGAAGAAGGUGACGCAGAGCGCGUACGCACAGAUAGUGCAGUUUGGGAUGAAUGACAAAGUGGGUCAGGUGUCGUUCGACCUGCCUCGCCAGGGAGAUCUGGUUCUGGAGAAGCCGUACAGCGAGGCGACGGCCCAGCUGAUUGAUUCGGAGGUGCGGGAUCUUAUAAACAGCGCCUAUGAGCGCACCAAAAAGCUGCUGACUGAGAAGAAGGCCGAUGUAGAGAAGGUGGCGCUGCGUCUACUAGAGAGGGAGGUUCUGGAUAAGAACGACAUGGUGGAACUUCUGGGCCGGCGGCCAUUCGCAGAGAAAUCGACAUACGAGGAAUUUGUGGAGGGAACAGGAGGACUGGACGAGGACACGUCGCUCCCGGAGGGACUCAAAGACUGGAAUAGGGAACGAGGGAGCGAGAAAGAAGAGAGCAUAGAGGAGCAGGUGGCGCGUCAGAUCUCGGGUGGCAUGCCGUUCUAAAUCCACCAGAGGGCGACGUUUGCAGGAGAAAGAGGGAAAUUUGACGAGAUUCGGGAUCAGGUUGGGGCUGGUCAUGUGACCUUCCUGAUCUAUACGCAGAAUCACAGCUUGGGGUGAUGCAUAGAUUUUUUUUAAAUGGAAAGCUGUUGGUCAAUUAAGGGCAGGUGGGUUUUUGAAGCACACUGCAGAAGAUCCAUGUUUUUGACUCAGAUGAGCAGAAGUGAUGUGAUGAAUUUUCCAAAUGUAAAAGUGUAUAAAGGAAAGAGGGGAAGAACAACCCAAGUUAAAUUUCAUUGAAAUAUCCCUGGUCAUUGUUGCUUCUGUGAAGAUCACGCAUCGCUGGUGCCUGCUUCUCAAACCAGAUCAUUAGGAACGCAGCACUGAUUCCACUCGACGUGCUCAACACAUACGCAGCACUUAAAACGGCAUCAUAUCAUCCUAACACUUUUGUCAAGCACUUGGUUACUGCAUUUUCUGCAGUUUGUUUUGUUUUUGUUUUGGAUAAUUAUUUAAAGAAAUACGAUAACGUUGUUCAAUUUCAUGUAAAUGUAUUACAUCUAUGUGUAAUUACAUCCAAAAAGUUUCCCUGAACUGAGAAAAUGAACUUAUGUUCCUCUUAGAAAUAUUCUAACAUGUUCAUUAAUUGUUUGCUUGAAUGUAUUUGCAAAUUGAGACUGAAAAGUUGUAUAAUUUAUAUUAUUAUACAAAUGAAUAAAGUCUGAUGAAAGACCACAGACUCCUGAUUUGUGGCUGGAUUGAGUUUUCUUGUUUGCAGUCUUUUUCGUUUGUGAUUAUUUAAAUAUAUAAUCUAUAAAUUAUUCCUUUUUUAUGAUUAUUGACUGAAUUAAGCAUCUUUUUUUUUUUCUCAGUACUGGGAAAGCACAGAUGUAGAUGAAUAUUGGAUUAAAAAGCUGGUAAGGCACAGAUGUGUAUAUUCAAUAAGACAUUGUAUGUAAGUGUAUGUUUGCAUGACACUGAAAAAAACUAUAAACCGAUUAAAAGCUA